GUCUCAGGGGAGGGUAGUGCCUGGGUCUGGGGUAUCAGGGGAGGGUAGUGCCUAGGUCUGAGGUCUCAGGGGAGGGUAGUGCCUAGGUCUGAGGUCUCAGGAGAGGUUAGUGCCUGGGUCUGGGGUAUCAGAAGUUAGUGCCUGGGUCUGGGAUAUCAGGGGAGGGUAGUGCCUUGCAUCUGGGGUAUCAGGGGAGGGUAGUGCCUUGCGUCUGGGGUUCUGGGAUAGGGCUUUCUGGAACCACUUUGCCUUCCCUCCCAAGGGUCUCUUGUUACAGGCCUGUCUGUGCCGGCUGCCAUGGUGGCUCUGUGGACCCUCACUCUGGCCUUGGCUGCUGGCCUGGCUGCUACCAGCCCACCCAACAUUGUGCUGAUCUUUGCUGAUGACCUGGGCUAUGGGGACCUGGGCUCCUAUGGACACCCCAGUUCCACCACCCCCAAUCUGGACCAACUGGCCGCAGGGGGUCUGCGGUUCACGGACUUCUACGUGCCUGUGUCUCUGUGCACACCCUCCCGGGCUGCCCUCCUGACCGGCCGACUCCCAGUUCGGAUGGGCCUGUACCCUGGCGUUCUGGAGCCCAGCUCCCGAGGGGGCCUGCCCCUGGAGGAGGUGACCCUGGCUGAGGUCCUGGCUGCCCGAGGCUACCUCACAGGGAUAGCUGGCAAAUGGCACCUUGGGGUGGGGCCUGAGGGGGCCUUUCUGCCCCCCCACCAUGGCUUCCAUCGAUUCCUGGGCAUCCCAUACUCCCAUGACCAGGGCCCUUGCCAGAACCUGACCUGCUUCCCGCCGGCCACCCCCUGCGAUGGCGGCUGCGACCAGGGCCUGGUCCCUGUCCCUCUGUUGGCCAACCUAUCGGUGGAGGCACAGCCCCCUUGGCUUCCUGGACUUGAGGCCCGCUACGUGGCCUUCGCCCGUGACCUCAUGGCAGAUGCCCAGCGCCAGGGCCGCCCGUUCUUCCUGUACUACGCCUCCCAUCACACCCACUACCCCCAGUUCAGUGGGCAGAGCUUUUCGGGGCGCUCAGGCCGAGGGCCGUUUGGGGACUCCCUGAUGGAGCUGGAUGCGGCCGUGGGGGCCCUGAUGACGGCUGUGGGGGACCUGGGGCUGCUCGGAGAGACACUGGUCUUCUUCACUGCAGACAACGGACCUGAGACGAUGCGGAUGUCCCACGGCGGCUGCUCUGGCCUCCUGCGAUGCGGAAAGGGAACCACUUUCGAGGGGGGCGUCCGAGAGCCUGCCUUGGCCUUCUGGCCAGGCCACAUCGCUCCCGGUGUGACCCAUGAGCUAGCCAGCUCCCUGGACCUACUGCCCACCCUGGCAGCCCUGGCAGGGGCCCCGCUGCCCAAUGUCACCUUGGAUGGCGUUGACCUCAGCCCUCUGCUGCUGGGCACAGGCAAGAGUCCCCGGCAGACCCUCUUCUUCUACCCGGCCUACCCAGACGAGGUCCGAGGGGUCUUUGCUGUGCGAAGCGGCAAGUACAAGGCACACUUCUUCACCCAGGGCUCUGUCCACAGCGACACCACUGCGGACCCUGCCUGCCAUGCCUCUAGUCCUCUGACUGCCCAUGAGCCCCCGCUGCUCUUUGACCUGUCUGAGGACCCUGGUGAGAACUACAACCUUCUGGGGGGUGUGGCUGAGGUCGCCCCAGAGGCGCUGCAGGCGCUGAAGCAACUUCAGCUGCUCAAGGCCCAGUUUGAUGCUGCCGUGACCUUCAGCCCCAGCCAGAUAGCCCGGGGCGAGGACCCUGCCCUGCAGGUCUGCUGUCAGCCCAGCUGCACCCCCAGGCCAUCCUGCUGCCACUGCCCUGAGCUCCAGCCCUGAGAGCAUAGGCGGAGGCCAGCCCCGUGCCCCUCGCCCCACCCAGGCGUGUGAUGGUUCAUUGCUGUGCUGUGGGUGUGUAGAGGUGGUUUGUACCUGAGCACGCUAAUAACACCAGCUGACACUUGUAGGUGUGAGAAUUCACAUGAUCCUUGUGAUAGCCCUGAGAUAGGUGGUGUUCUGCCCGUUACAAAUGAGGAACCUGAGGCGUGGAGAGGUCCAGCAACUUGUCUGAGGUCACCCAGCCAGUGAGAGGUUGGCUCUGGAAGCUGCCCCCUCCCCCUGGUGAUUGCUUGUGUCA